AUGUCCCGGCACGACGAUACCGAGCGGGAAGCCACCGGCCCCGGCGACCGCAGAAGCGCAACCUCGUUCGACGUCGAGCUUCUCGGCCGACAGCGCCCGGCCGUCUUCAAGUCCCAAUGGUCCGAAAUCGGCUUUUGUUUCUCCCUGCUGGGAUCCAUGUUGAUGGCGGAGUACUUCGUCAGUGGUUUCCACAUCAUCCUGCCUCCACUCGCCAAGGAGCUCGACAUCCCGGCCGCCUCGCAGACAUGGCCCUCGAGCGUCUUCUCGCUCGUCACCGGCGCCUUCCUGCUGCCGCUCGGCAGGCUGGGUGACAUGUACGGCGGGUACUUUGUCUUCAACAUCGGCCUGGCCUGGUUCUUCGUGUGGUGCCUCAUCGCCGCCUUCAGCAACAACUACCUCAUGCUGAUAUUCUGCCGAGCCCUCCAGGGUCUCGGCUCCGCCGCGUACCUCCCGGCCGGCAUCAUGCUCCUUGGCAAGAUCUACCGUCCCGGCCCGCGCAAGAACCUUGUCUUUGCGCUAUACGGUGCCUUCGCCCCCAUCGGCUUCUUCUUCGGUAUCCUCAUCGGCGGCGUCGCGGGCCAGUUCCUCAACUGGCGUGCGUACUUCUGGCUCGGCAGCAUCGUGCUCGGCAUCAUCACCGCCGUGUCGUUCCUGACAAUCCCCAACGACCUGCGUGAGAAGCGCCAGGAGAUUAGCAUGGACUGGUGGGGUGUUGCAACCAUCGUGCCUGGUCUGCUGCUGGUGGUGUACGCCAUCACUGAUAGCUCACACGCGCCUCAGGGAUGGGCCAGCCCUCAGAUCAUCGUCACCUUGGUUCUGGGAGUCGCCUUCCUCGUCGGAGCGUGGUACGUCGAGGCCAAGGUGGCGUCGAACCCUCUCCUCCCGGCCGACCUGUUCGCCCCCAAGUCCAUGAAGACCCUGGCCUGCGCCCUAUUCUUCGCAUACGGCACCUUCGGCCUCUUCCUCUUCUACUCCAGCUUCUACAUCGAGACCGUCCUGCACAUGUCGCCGCUGCUGACCGCCGUCUGGUACGUCCCCAUGAUCCUCGGCGGCCUCGUCAUCGGCACCGUCGGCGGCUUCACGCUGCACCUCCUGCCGGGCCGCGUGCUGCUCGCCAUCUCGGGCACGGGCAACCUUCUCAGCGUGCUGCUCUUCGCCAUCAUGCCCGACAACCCCAACUACUGGGCCUACGUCUUCCCGUCCAUGAUCUGCGGCACCAUCGGCAUCGACAUCACCUACACCGUCAGCAACGUCUUCAUCACGACGAACCUGCCCGCGUACCGGCAGGGCACGGCGGGCGCGCUCAUCAACAGCCUGCUGUUCCUCGGCAUCUCCUUCUUCCUCGGCAUCGGCGACGUCGCCGUCGGCCAGACGAGCCACCUGGGCACGAAGCAGAGCUACAAGACGGCCUUCUGGCUGGCCGUCGGCGUCGCGGGCGUCGCGCUGGCGCUGUACGCGUUCGUCCAGAUCGGGCAGGCGAAGAGCGACCUGACGAUGGAGGAGCGCGCGCAGAUCGAGGAGGAGGCUCGCCAGUCUCAGUUCAUCGACGUGCCUAGUGGUGGUGGUGCCGGGGACGACAGUGUCGCGGGCGGGCAGGAGACCUCGUGGACGAUGACCGACACCGAUGCGGAGAAACCGCAGCCGCGUGGUGCGCCGGAGGGACAGAUUCCGGCGAGAUGA